AUGACCAAUACGAACACCAACAACUCUUCGACUUUGAUAACAACGGAAAACCACACGUACCAUCACUGUGGACAAUCGGUCCUGUUCCGUAUCAUUCCGGUGACCAUAUACGGACAGUCAAAAUCGAUUGAUACCUUCGCUUUUUUGGACGAGGGUUCCUCAGCAACGCUAGUAGAGCAAAGUCUGGCGAGGCAAUUAGACCUAGAAGGCCCAGUGAUCCCUCUUUGUUUGAAAUGGACCGUCGAUAUGUUCCGCUCCGAAGAAAGUUCGAAAAUAGUCAAGUUCGAAAUAUCUGAACUAGGAAACAAGAAGCGCUACCGCUUGAAAAAUGCGAGAACCGUCGAGCGUCUGAAUCUGCCUACCCAAACCAUCUGUUUUGAUGAACUUCAAGAACGAUAUCGGCAUCUGGCUGGGUUGCCGAUCCACAGCUACGACAAAGCGGUUCCUCAACUACUGAUCGGACUGCGCAACUUGUCUCUAGCCGUACCACAGAAAAUUAAAGAAGGUAGCGGUGGGCCGAUAGCAGUAAAGACACGAGUUGGAUGGUGCGUAUACGGAAGUUUGGCAGAGCAUCACGAGACAAACCACUUCAGCUUCCAUAUUUGCGAAUGUCAAGCUGGCGAGAGACUGGACAAUCUGGUUCGAGAUUAUUUCAACGCGGAAGACGUGGGACUUGGAUCAACCGAGCCGUUGGAGUCGGAUGAAGUUCAGAGAGCCAGACGUAUUCUCGAGCAAACCACGUACAGAGAUGGGAACCGAUUCGUCACAGGUCUGUUGUGGAAACAUAAUAACAUUGAGCUUCCUGACAGUUUCCCAAUGGCUCUACAACGUUUGAAGUGUUUAGAGAGGCGCAUGACUCGUGAUCCUGUUCUGAAGAAAAACUUGCACAUGCAACUGCAGGAUUAUCAAAACAAAGGUUACGUCCACCAGGCGACGGAAACAGAGCUGAGCGAGUCAGACCCCAGGCGUACAUGGUAUCUUCCACUGGGUGCGGUCGUUAAUCCUAAAAAGCCCACUAAGGUACGUUUAAUUUGGGAUGCAGCUGCGAAGGUGGAUGGAGUGUCGCUGAACACCUUUCUUCUCCCGGGACCGGAUCUACUUGUGGCAUUACCAUCUGUUCUGUUUCGGUAUCGUCAGUAUCCGGUGGCAGUCUCUGGCGAUAUUAAAGAGAUGUUCCACCAAAUUGGUGUCAUCGCAGCUGACCGUCAUGCUCAGCGCUUCCUCUGGCGUGACACCGAGGCUGAACCUCCAAAAGUAUUUCUGAUGGAUGUCUUGACUUUCGGAUCUGCAAGCUCACCUUCGUCCGCACAAUUCGUUAAAAAUAGGAACGCCAAGGAAUACGAAUCGCAGUUCCCUAGGGCGGCGGAAGGUAUCACAAAAUGCCACUAUGUCGAUGAUUACCUCGACAGUUUCGAAAGCGAAGAAGAAGCGAUGCUGGUGGCAAAUCAAGUUCGACAGGUGCACUCCAAGGGUGGAUUUGAGAUCCGCAAUUGGUCAAGCAACAGUGCGACAGUCCUGGAUCACCUAGGAGAAAAAUCGAAAGUUGCGAUGAAGGAUUUGACUGCAGUGGGUGGCGACCAAUCAGAAAGAGUUCUCGGCAUGCUCUGGUUAACAGAAAAGGAUAUGCUUCGCUUCUCUACAACGUUCCGGUCGGAAGUAGAUGUACUCAUCCGUUCGGGAACCAGACCAACGAAAAGACAGAUACUCAAGACAGUGAUGAGCCUGUUUGAUCCAUUGGGACUUCUUGCGUCAUUCUUGGUACACGGAAAAAUCAUAAUGCAGGAGGUAUGGCGAAGCGGGACAAAAUGGGACGAGUGUGUGGAUGAUCGAAUCGAACAGCACUGGCGGAAAUGGAUCGAACUUUUCGAACGAAUAGGUGAGAUUCAGAUACCCCGCUGUUACUUUCAAGCAGCUAGUGCCGAACGCUAUACGACCUUGCAGGCACAUUUGUUCGUUGACGCCAGCGAGGCAGCGUAUUCUGCCGUCGUGUACUUCAGGAUUGUAGAUGCAGAAGGCAACCCGCAGUGCGCACUCAUGACUGCAAAAACUAAGGUCGCUCCAUUAAAAUAUGUAUCGAUUCCGCGCUUGGAAUUGAUGGCUGCCGUACUAGGAUCACGGUUGCUGUCUUUUGUCGGAGAGAACCACUCGGUCCCGAUACAGCAGCGUUUCUGCUGGACUGACUCCAAUACUGUAUUGGCCUGGCUUCGUUCUGAACAUCGCAGAUACAAACAAUUCGUGGCGUGUCGUGUAGGCGAAAUUCUGUCCGAGACAAAAGUAAACGAAUGGAGGUGGGUUCCAAGCAAAUUGAAUAUCGCCGACGAAGCCACAAAAUGGGGCAGAGGACCAUGUUUCGACGAAGAAAGCCGAUGGGUUCAAGGUCCGGAGUUUCUGAGCCUGCCGGAGGAACAAUGGCCGCAAACUACAGCACAAGACAUCUCAACAGACGAGGAAUUGCGUCCAAGUCAUUUGUACCAUGAAGCAGUUUCCCCUCUGAUCAAUUUUGAACGAUUUUCUAAUUGGAGUAGGUUACUGCGUGCUAUGGCUUUUGUUUUCCAUGUCUUCGCGGUUUAUAAGGCUCGGAAGACAAACACCGAGGUAGGACAGCAACCAACACAUGAAGAUAUCAAGGCAGCUGAAAUCCAAAUCUUGAAAAUUGUGCAGUGGUCCACCUACUCGGAUGAAAUGGUCAUCGUCACAAGCAAUCAGCAUCUACCGCUCGAGCAGCAACGUUCAUUGGAUAAAACAAGCUCACUGUACAGACUCUCACCAAUUGUGGACGAAAACGGAGUCUUGCGCAUCGACAGCCGCACCGGUGCAGCACGCGUGAACGCAUUUGACCUCAAGUACCCUAUAAUACUUCCUCGGAAGCAUCAUGUGACUUACUUGCUCAUCGAGUACUAUCACAGGAAAUAUCUACAAUGCAACGCUGAGACAAUAGUUAAUGAACUCAGACAAAAGUACUACAUUCCUCGGAUUCGUGUCAUCGUGCGGACUGUAACCAGGCUUUGUCAGUGGUGUAAAAUCUAUAAGGUACAACCGAUCGUACCCAAAAUGGGCCCAUUGCCAGAAGCUCGUUUGUCUCCAGGGGUGCGGCCAUUCAGUUAUAUCGGGAUUGACUAUUUUGGACCACUUCUCGUCAAAGUAGGUCGAUCUCAUGCGAAAAGGUGGAUCUGCCUAAUCACGUGCCUCACUAUUCGUGCGGUGCACGUUGAGGUCGCUUAUGACCUUUCUACACAAUCAUGCAUAGCCUGCAUCCGUAGGUUUGUGUGUCGACGAGGGGCGCCGUUGGAAAUAUACUCCGACAACGGACGAAAUUUUGUCGGAGCUGAUGGAGUUCUGCGCGAUCAAGUAAAGCGAAUUGAGGAAGAGACUGCUGCUACUUUCACCAAUGCGCAGACUAAGUGGUACUUCAUACCUCCAUCGGCACCUCACAUGGGGGGCUCGUGGGAGCGCCUCGUGCGUUCUAUCAAGGCAGCAAUGAUCAAUAUCCCUCAGGAACGUAAGCUUGACGAUGAAGCUCUAUGGACGUACGCAGUGGAAGCAGAAUCUAUAGUAAAUUCUCGGCCUUUAACCUACCUGCCACUAGAUGCUCCAGAGCAAGAGGCGCUCACGCCAAAUCAUUUUUUAUUGGGGAGCUCGAGUGGCGUGAAGCAACCACCAACGAAUCUAGGAUCUCCACAGCUAAUUCGUAAUACGUGGGACAUUCUACAGGCAAAUUUAGACCAUUUUUGGAAGCGCUGGGUAAGGGAAUAUCUCCCAACACUCACGAAGCGAACUAAAUGGUUCGAAGAUACAAGAUCCGUUAAAUCCGGUGACUUGGUGGUCAUCAUCGAGGACAAAAAACGAAAUGGGUGGAUUCGAGGACGAAUUCUAGAAGCGGUGAAGGGAAGAGAUGGCAGAAUUCGUCAAGUUUCAGUGCAAACAUCGAAUGGAGUGCUGAGAAGGCCGGUUUCCAAACUGGCAGUGCUGGACGUCGCAGGAAGCAGUAAAGCCGAGCCUGGUACACGUCCUUACGGGGAGGGGGAUGUUAGCGACGCAGCCCAACUUUUGGCAACCUUGCCAACGGAUCAUAGUGAUGCGGUGUAG